AGGGAGAGCUUUUGAAAACAACGAAAGCAUUGAUGCUGGAAUGUCACGUUUCCCUUUUUGGCAAACUCAAUGAGAUGGAGGAAUGGCUUAUCAAAGACGCAGGCUACCUCGAUUUACCGCCUGUUGGUUAAUGAGAGCUUUGAAGAAUACAGACAUUUUCAUUAUAGAUAUGAAACAUUUAGAUUUAUUUGCCCUGAGGUAGAUGAUGGUGCCACAUGCAUGGUUUGCCCAAAGGAAAAUGGAAAAAUUGUUUUGAUGCUUGAUGGAACAUUUGGAUGUGUCAGAAAGCAAAGUUCGGGUUUCAGUAUGGAACCUCCAAAACACGGGGAUUGCAGUAACUUCAGGUCUGGAGCUGACAGUUUGAGAUCUAAGCUGCAGUACAAAAAGCUUGAUAUCACUGGCGUGUUUGGUUGCUCGUGUAAACAUGACAUACCUGGUUGUUUUCUUAAUAUGAAGCACGGUGAAAGGUUGGGAUAUCCUGUGUACAUUUUGCAAGCCUUUCUAGAGAAGUUCGAGAAUUCAAAUGUCAGUUUUGGUAUCGUAUAUGAUAUUUCAUGCCUCUUAGCUAUUGAUUACUAUGCUCAAAGCAAGAGUGAAUCAAUGAUCAAGCCAAACAAAUUUUUUCGAAGAUUAUCGAUAAAAAACACCCGCCUUUCGAAGAUGUAAACGCAAAGCCUUGCACCACUGUUCAACCGACUAGGGACUCUACUGAAGCCUCAUAUGAUGAUGAACUAUUAGAUAUAUUCUUAGAAGGUGUUGAUGACGACCUUUCUGACAUUGAAUAAAUCUAAAUUUUGUUUUAUUGAAUGAAAGAUAAAAGAAUGACGGUAGUCAUUAAUUUUGCAAUUAUAUAAAUACAUAGAGAUCUAGUCAACUUCUAAGACCUCUUUGAAAUAAAAUCUUAAAUGUCUUUAUAGACCGAAAUAGAGCCCUGCCAUCAGCGUUCAUGCCAAAUUUAACUUCUGUCGUAUUCCAAAUGAAAACAUUCAUUUUUCAACGUAGUUAUUUCAUAUAUAAUGUUGCCAUACUAUCGAUAUAUUCUUCCUAGCACCUGGGAUAUGUUUACCCCAAUACGUUUUCAAAUGAAAAUGCAAUCACAUUUUUACGGUUUUGCUUCUUAUCAACACAACGAAGAUAACUGUGUCGCAAAAAACGCAAGCAUUUUAAACACCUCCCAGAUUGUUCUAUUUUUGGGAAUUGCAAUUAUUCGAAAACACAACGUUGUCGUGGAAAUACAAAACUUUUGUUUUCUUUUAGAUGUGAAUGCAUUUUUUCAAAGUAUAUCGGUAUAAUCUUGGGCUUAGAUGUCUCUCUUCUCUCUUGCAAACUUGAUUUUAAAUUACGUCUUCCUAAUCAGAUUUCCCUAUGUACCAGAGAGCUAAAUGAAUUUAAUCUCAUGAUAAUUCAAAGGUAUCUUUUAAAUAUUCAAGACAUUAAUAUGCAAGGUUUACCGACUAACUUGUGAAUUAUUGAGGAUGCUUACCUCACGCUAUUUUAUGACAUCGCGUAUAAAUGUUUAUCCAUUAGCAACCUUGCCAGCAUCCUCUAUCUCAACCUGCAAAACCAAGGAAAAUAUGUACGCAUGAA